CUGGGCCGGCCCUCACCCUCGGCAAGGACCCCCGAGCUCCUCUCCUCGACGCCCGACCUCUCCAAGGGCCUACAGUGGACAAGGUACCCGCGUCCAGGAGCGCCCCGUUCAUCAGGGAGACGGACAUUUGCCACCUGCAAACCACGACGUUCCAUGAGUGGGUCCACGCGUCUCCCCUGCCCAUCUCCUACUCUGCACCAGCGAGAACUCCUCCGCCUACAGGGAAGCCCCUCACCAGGCAAAGCCGGGAGCCCCAGACCCCGUGGCCCGGAGUGAGUCGCUCUGUGACGCCCUGGACAGGUCACUCAACCACUCGGCGCCUCCUCGGCCACUCAGAGAACACCUGCCCUCCCGGAGACCCCGGUGAAAGCCGAGCACUCCUGCACCCUCCUCCCGAGCCCACGCACACCAGAACACCACGAGCCGCGUCUCCCGGUGCGCCUGCGCGGGGGCCCCGCAGGCGGAGAAGUAGGCGGAGCCAGCGGCCGCUGGUGACGACAAGUCCCGGCGUGCACCGCGGUAGGCUGGUCGUGGCGCGCCCGGAAGGUGUCGCGGCCCUGGGCCCCGCCCCGGAAGAUAAGGCGGCUCGCGGACGCCGCGUUUCCUUUUUUGGCCGCGCUAGUGAGCAGGACCCGUCGCCAUGGGCCGUGUGAUCCGUGGACAGAGGAAGGGGGCCGGGUCUGUGUUCCGCGCGCACGUGAAGCACCGUAAGGGUGCUGCGCGCCUGCGCGCCGUGGAUUUCGCUGAGCGGCACGGCUACAUCAAGGGCAUCGUCAAGGACAUCAUCCACGACCCGGGCCGCGGCGCGCCCCUCGCCAAGGUGGUCUUCCGGGAUCCGUACCGGUUUAAGAAGCGGACGGAGCUGUUCAUUGCCGCCGAGGGCAUUCACACGGGCCAGUUUGUGUAUUGCGGCAAGAAGGCCCAGCUCAACAUUGGCAAUGUGCUCCCUGUGGGCACCAUGCCUGAGGGUACGAUCGUGUGCUGCCUGGAGGAGAAGCCUGGAGACCGUGGCAAGCUGGCCCGGGCAUCAGGGAACUAUGCCACCGUUAUCUCCCACAACCCUGAGACCAAGAAGACCCGUGUGAAGCUGCCCUCCGGCUCCAAGAAGGUUAUCUCCUCAGCCAACAGAGCUGUGGUUGGUGUGGUGGCUGGAGGUGGCCGAAUUGACAAACCCAUCUUGAAGGCUGGCCGGGCCUACCACAAAUAUAAGGCAAAGAGGAACUGCUGGCCACGAGUACGGGGUGUGGCCAUGAAUCCUGUGGAGCAUCCUUUUGGAGGUGGCAACCACCAGCACAUCGGCAAGCCCUCUACCAUCCGCAGAGAUGCCCCUGCUGGCCGCAAAGUGGGUCUCAUUGCUGCCCGUCGGACUGGACGUCUCCGGGGAACCAAGACUGUGCAGGAGAAAGAGAACUAGUGCCGAGGGUCUCAAUAAAGUUUGCCUUUAUGCCA